AAAAGCAUACUACUAGUAUUCGUUUUAUCGGAUUGGGUUGGAUAAGAAGAAUCUCAGAGUGAAAACGAAAAACAAGAACAAUGGCGGGUUCUGCAAUUUCGCUCGGAAACACUUUCGUCUUGGCUUCUAUGCGCACAGUUUCACCAACCAACUCUCACAAACCUUCAUCCAUCUCACCCCAAUUAGGGUUCCUGAAUUCUCAAUUAGCUGGUCUAAGAAUCUCCUCUCAGACUUCACUGAAAACGCCUGCACCUAUCGUUGCUUCCCCUUUUCGACCCAUUGUUGCUAAGAGAGUGUGUCCUUUCACCGGAAAAAAAGCAAACAAGGCCAACAAAGUAUCUUUCUCCAACCAUAAGACAAUAAAAUUGCAACAUGUAAAUCUCCAGUACAAGAGAGUUUGGUGGGAAGCUGGAAAGCGCUUUGUAAAGCUGCGUUUAUCGACUAAGGCAUUGAAGACCAUAGAUAAGAAUGGACUUGAAGCAGUUGCGAAAAAGGCUGGAAUUGAUCUCAGGAAGAAAUAAGAGCCUAAUUCGCCUUGUAAUUGAGUGAAAUGAUUAAUCCAUGUUGAUGAACUUUUCUGGUAGAAUUUGUUUAUUUAUGUAUUAUUUUUAGGGACUACGGUUGACUUUCUAUAUGGUAAAAAAGAUUAUGAGUUAUAUAUGAUGAGUUGAUAAAAUUACUUGCCAUACAUCUUGAAUGGAAAUGUCUUUGAUAA